AUGGCUGUAGACUCCGAAUGUCCGUCCGUCAUGUCGGUCAUUGCGCAUCGCAUCGUGCCGAGCAAACGGCAGAACAAGCCAAAGGCCGAGACGAGAACAUCCAUUCUCAUCGAUCUGAGAGGGAGACACCCAUCCGCCAAGCGCCCAUCAUGUUCGCGCAAGCCCAGAGAUUUCCCUGAGCAUCAUAAUGUGCGCAUCUGCCAAGACGAGCGAACACAAAAGAACUCACUGCCGUCAUUUCGAGCCCCGAAGUGA